AUGGAAGAACAUAAGGAAGUCAGUGGGUUGGACAUUUUGAUGCCACAAAGAGUAUCAGAGAUCAAAUCAGAGAAAGAAAAAGUCGAGAAAAAGCCGAAGAGAUAUUCCUUCAGGGGGCAAGAUUUGGAGGCAAUGAAAAAACUGAACGACAGUGGACUGAAACAAAAAGAACUUUUGAAGGAAAUUAAAGAACAAACGGGCUUCAAACUGUCAUCAUCCACUUUAGCCACUUUGAGAGCAAAUAAUUUCAAAAAACACAAAAGAGGAAGAAAAGCGAAGUUUCCUGAUUUAUACAAUAUAUUGAACAUGAAUGUGGAAAACUGUUUGACGAAUGAUAUCCCAAUUCAUUACUUCCAAAUAAUGGUCUUUGCUAAGGAACUUAUCUCACAUUUCCAUGCUCAGAAAAAGUACUUGGAAGUCACCGAAGAGAGUAUUAACCAAGCUUGGGUGCAAACAUUUUGUAAAUCACAGACGUUCUCGGAAACAGUGACAAACGGAGAAUUCUCGGGAAUUGAUUUGGCGUCGUACUCGACAACGUUGGACGACAUCAGGUCUGCGAUUGGGUAUAUGUCUACGUUAGGAUAUGUCUCUUACAGUAUGGACGAAAUCGAUGUCUCUUUAAGAUAUAUUGAACAUUGGUCAAACUCUGCUUUGAUGAAGCCAACCCUCGUUGGAGAUGAUAGAAAGAAGUUGACUGCGAUUUUGUGUGGGAGCUCAUCAGGUGGGAAAUGCAUUUUAGGUGUCUUUGGAAGCAACAAGUCGAGUAAAACAGAUGGGAUUGUGUACUUCCAUGGAACAGCAACUUUUCUGGACUACUCGUCUCUCUGGAAGUGGGUCUCUUGUUUGGACUUUGGCGCCGAGAAUGGCCCCAAUGAAGAGAAAAAGAAGAUCUUGAUGUUGAUCGACAACAAUGAGCCACAUCUCAAAUUACUUGAAAAGGCCACACCAAUUCCUCUUCCACCCAAUUUAAAGUGUAAUGUUCUUCAGUUACAUGGAUAUGAAAAUGUCGCGUUUCUGGUCUUACCAAAAGGGACGACUGGGUUGUUCCAACCGAUGUGUCAAGGUAUCAAAACAACUUUCAAAACCAUUUUUAAGACCAAAAUGAUUGACGAUUACCUCCAGAAAAACGUGAAGAUUUCAUUAACAGAAGGUACUCCCGAAGGCCAACUCAACGAAGAAAUACCUGUUCCAUCUAUUUUAAGUACUUCUAUUGCCCAAGACAAAGAAAAGACUGAAGAAAAGAAACGGAACAGGGUGUGCGGGAGGCUCGACGAUUACAUCCAGAUGAUGAAAGAGACUUGGGACGAAAUCACUGAAGACAGCAUACGAGCAGGAUGGACCAAAUCUACAUUACUUCCAGAAGCUAUGGGGACGUUGCCAAGAAUUUCUGAGCCCUCACCACAGGAGGAAAUGUCAAAGCAUACACUGAAAGAGAAAGUCGACAAGUUAAAAGAGGUUGGGAAACUCCCCAAAGAGUUUGACAACGAAGACGUCUUUUUAGACACAACAGACGACCUACCAGGUUUGAUCACAAGUGAAAACGAAAAGAAGAAGAAAAAGGCGGAAGAAGAGGACCAAAAAGAGAAGGAGAAACAAAUCAACAACAUCACCAAAACUCUCAUCGACGAAUUGGACGCCAUUGUUGAUAAAGAGGCUCAAAAGAGAUUGCUUGACAUUGUCAAAGCAAAGUUAGAGGCGUUCAUGUGA